AUCUGUCUACUUUCCUUCAGAAUUUUCGUUUUCCCGCAUCAUUUUUCCUUAUAGGACCCGUACUAAAAUGGCUGAAGCGAGCGCCAACAUAGGCGUUCUUAAUCUUCCGCCAUUUUUGAACUCUUCAUCGCGUACUUCCUUACCCUCAAGAACUCUGAAAGCCGAGGCCGCAGUAACAUCGAAACUCAAAGCCAAUACAUGGAGAACGAAGCCGCUGAAGCUAACUGUCUUUGCAGCGUCUUCUCGUUAUACUUCUGCGGCUUUUAAUCAAACAGAUUGCGGGAAGUUUCAGCCAAGAAUUGAAGCUGAUAAUCCAAGAAAUGGAAGGGUUUUUUUCCUGGAUGUGAAUCCUUUAUGCUACCAAGGUAACAGACCUAGUUUGCAUAAUUUUGGUCGCUGGCUUUCCAUCUUCUUCGAGGAAGUUAGCCACAGUGAUCCUGUUAUUGCUGUUUUUGAUGGGGAAGGAGGUAGUGAGCAUCGCAGGCUGUUGUUACCCUCAUAUAAAGCACAUCGGAUCAAAUUCACGAGACAACCAUCUUCACAAAGAUUUACAAAGGGAAAUUCUAGAAGGUCAUAUCAAGUGAUAAGAGAUGCUCUCAGAAACUGUAAUGUUCCAGUUGUAAAGGUUGAUGGUCAAGAAGCAGAUGAUGUUGUUGCUACACUUGUGGAACAAGUUUUGCAAAGAGGGGUUCGGGUGGUAAUAGCCUCUCCUGAUAAAGAUUUCAAGCAGUUGAUUUCAGAAGAUGUCCAACUUGUGAUGCCUUUGCCGGAGCUCAACAGAUGGUCCUUUUACACCUUAAGGCACUACCUAGCUCAGUACCACUGUGAUCCGUGCUCUGACUUGAGUCUUAGAUGCAUUAUGGGUGACGAGGUAGAUGGCGUUCCAGGAAUCCAGCAUGUUGCUCCUGGAUUUGGUCGAAAAACAGCAUUGAAGCUCUUGAAAAAACAUGGUUCUUUGGAGAAUCUUCUCAGUGCUGCUGCAAUCAGAACUGUGGGCAAACCUUAUGCACAAGUUGCACUUACAAAGUAUGCCGAAUACUUACGAACAAACUAUAAAGUUUUGGCCUUGAGGAGAGAUGUUGAUGUUCAAUUUCAAGAUGAGUGGUUGGUUGAAAGAGACAGACAAAACGAUUUGGCUAUUUUAUCUAAGUUUGUAGAAAACACUGAGAGAAACUCACUCGCUCAACCAUCAAAACGGGUCUAAAUCACCCUAUGGUUGAAUACAUAUACAGGUAAAAUUAGCUUAGCCUUUGUUAAAUUAUGAUUUUAUGCUUGGAAAUAUACGUACUUCCAUACUAUUAGUUGCUGAAAUAAAAAAAUAUAUUAUUCCUUUUCUCCUCAUAUGUUGUGAAAUGAAACUUAUCUAUAUGCAAUAUUUGGGCUCUAGUAGUACACGCCUCAUUUGUACUUUGCCACUACUUUAUCUCCUUCCAGUUCCAGCUGAGUUUAGACAAAGUUCUUAAAAUAAAGACAGUAUAAAUUGUUUCA